AUGGAGUGUAGGCGGAUAAGUAAUACUAUACUGUGCAUGGGAUACAGCAGCAGUGAGCUAAAAAGAAACCAGUACGUAACGAUCAUAAACUGUAGACUUUCAGGAAAAGAAGAGGAAGUUAGCAGCGUGUGCAGGAUAAUUAAAGACAAGAGAUCUUACUAUUCAGUUAUAACAGAUAGCAACACCAUCCACUGGUUUAAUGUAGCUAGCACAUCAUCAUUCAUCAAAGCAUACCCUGUCGUAGUAAACAACACGUACACGAACAUACUGCAGUUUCUAGAAAAAGACAGUACUGCUGCAUAUAGUAAUAAUGCUAUAAAUGGAAAUGAUGUGUCUGCAAGUGGUAAUAGUGUAAGCAAUCAGUCUGCAACAGGAAAUGCUGCCAUAAAUGAGAAUGCUGUGUCUACUAAUGGCAAUGCGUCUGCAAACAGCAACAAUUCUGAAGGCGCAUCGUACACUCUGAACAGCAAGUCCAUUGUUCUCUUCAAUGACCUGUACACAAUCGUAGAAGUGCCAGGAAGCAUCCUUCUUUACUCCCAUGACGGCCAGCUCUCUUCUUCCAUAGACACAGGAAUAGAUAGAGUCACUAUGAUAUAUCCCACGCUGUGCAACAAGUACCUGUUUAUAGCCUUUGAAAAAGGAAUGAUCUCUCUGUACGAUCUAACAAACAGUCAGUUCCUGUACAGAAAGAGACACCCUGUGGGAAGAUCCUUCGUCUUUGGAAGCGUCUUUCAAUAUCUCAGAUACUACUCGGUGGCAAAGAACACUCUCGCGAUAGGAAGAGUCUCAGAUGGACAGAUUCUCAUAGAGCUGUCGUAUCCUGAAGAGAUAACCAACGUGGCUACAGAUGUUCUUAAUAGACAAAUAACUGUGUCCUCUGUCUCUGGCAAAAUAUUCUACAGCCGGCUGGACAAUGAGCAGAGCGCGUUCACAGAAUGUAAAGUUACGAACGACGAGAUAAAAAGCGUAUCUUUCUCGGUUUCUGGAAGGUAUAUUUUUGUUGCCUCUAAUUUAAACAUAUUCAUCAUCGACAGCAAAGACGGAAAAAUAAUCAAAACUAUUCUGAGCAACUCUCUAAAUUAUUUUUCCACUUUUACAAGCAGUAGUAAUUUGCAUUUAAAAUAA